UAGCGCAGAUUGGCUCUCAGGCGCUAACUUUUGGGCAGGCGUCACGCGGGACCUAGGCUGCCGCUGAUGGUAUAAAGUCGUAGUUGUGCAUAAAAAAGGCUGUGAGAACGAUGCAGGAGUCGAGCAGCGCCACACGAGGCGCCGGCUCUCCCUCCAAGGUCGGCCAACACCCCCGCAGCAGAGUCAAACAAUUUGCGCCGCACACGAUACACGACGUCGGUCGCGGCUACGCGGAGGACGUCGAGCUCUUCGUCGACGCGCUGCUCGCGAACGUCACGUUCCGCCAGGUGCUGCUGAACAACUACGACGUCAAUAGCACCGUGCUCGACGUCGCGGGCGGCGACGGCGCGCUCUCGCGCGAACUCGCGAAGCGCGGCGUGAAGGGAUUAAUUGUUGUCGACCCACUCGGCCUGACGGCGACGGGCGACGACGAUGCUGCCUUCGACGUCGCCGUGGCAAGAUUCCGCCUGCCGCAGCACGCGCACGACGGCGACGCGUGGCUCCAGGCGACGACGACGACGACAAUACAGGGUCGAGAUCUGAACACCGUCAUUGGUAGGGCGCGGUGCGUUUUGGGAUAUCGGCCCUGCGGCGCGACGAAGGACGUCGUCGAGUUCGCCAGAAGGCGGCGGCUGCCUUUUGCGGUGGUGCCGUGCUGCAAGAUCGCGCCGUGGAAGAGCCUCCCUUCCACAUUGGCGGGCCUGCGGAACAAUCACCGCUCGAUCACGCUCGGACGCCUCGCGACCGACACGCGGUGGCUGUACUGCGCGCGCUGGGAGGGCGCCCAGGACGCGACGUCCUGGGUCGGCGCGUCGCCGGCGUAUCUUGGGAGGCAGGUCGAGUCGCCGGGGAGGAAAGCAAGACCGUUCCAUUUCGACCCGUUCCUCGACACCAUGCGGCGGGAGCUGCCGGCCUCCCCCGAGCGGAGCGUCUCGGAGGCCGCCUCGCCCGAGCGCAGCAGCUUCGAGACGACCAAUAGGGAAGUGGAGGCCGCGGAGGCGGAGUUCAUCGGAUCCCCCGUCGUGAAGUUUAAGUAGGGAUAG